CUUUAACGUGAUGUUCUUGUAUGAAAUCCGAUGGUGUCUUUUCCUCUUAAUUUAUCCCGAGAGCAUGAGGCCAUCGUCCCGUGUCUUCCUAUUUUGAAGCCACCCACGAUUCAUGGCUCCUAAAUUUAUUGAUCUCGACGACACCGCUUCCGGCCAACGCAAGCCGCGACCAACGGAGAUGGCCCGCCGGAGACGAGACGCCCCCGCACCGGCACCGCCGCUGGUCCUGGCCAGCCUCGCCGUCUUCCUCGCCUUCUCCACCGCCGCCAUCACGUCCGCGCGGGCAGAGGAAGCUCACGCGUCGCACGAGGUGUUCGGCUACGACGACGACGCCACGGGGCCGGAGAAGUGGGCGGCGCUGCGCAAGGACUGGGCCAUCUGCGGCGACGGCAAGAGGCAAUCGCCGAUCGACAUCGGCAAGGUGGAGCCUCAGAAGGAGAAGGCGCCACUGGCGCAGACCUACAAGGCCGGCGCCGCCACCAUGCAGAACCGAGGCCACGAUUUCAUGCUGAAAUGGAAAGAUGGGAAUAGCAAGCUGACGGUCCAAGGGAAGGAGUACACGCUCCUGCAGGUGCACUGGCACGCACCCUCCGAACACACAAUCAACGGAACCAGGUUCGAGGCAGAGAUGCACAUGGUUCACGAGGACCCCAGCAAGGCGAGAGCCGUCAUCUCUGUGCUGCUCAGCACCAAAGCAGGCAUGCCCAGCAAAUUGUUGACCGAGAUGGGGCCAUACUUCAAGAGUCUUGCUGGGAAAGAGAAGGGUGAGGAGGAAGUGAAGCAGCCUGUUGAUCCAUCGACCUGGAUAGACAAAACCUCAGGCUACUACAGAUACGACGGCUCCCUCACAACGCCGCCUUGCACCGAAGGAGUGAUCUGGACGAUCAUGAGCAAGAUAGCAGAUGCAUCAAAGGAGCAGAUUGACUUGUUCAAGACAGUGACUACGCGCGUGGAGCCAAACGCACGGCCAGCACAGAAACUCAACGAUCGAAUUGUCCGCUACUAUGAAGUUUAAUCUAAAGAUGCGCCCGGACAAAGAGUGACUAAAGUGUGAGCAUUUACAUGUAGAGUGUAGACAAUGCAAUAGAUUAGUUAUGGGUUAUUGUUUAUAGUAGGCACGAUGACUGAACAGAAAACUAGAAAUCUGGGUGAUCACCGGAUUUCCCUGACAGAUCGGAUUAUGAAAUCUCAAUACCAAUGUCGAACAAGUUCUCGUUAUCUAAAAACAAAUUCUAUCUUGAUGUUAGUUGGUUUCAAAUUCAGUUUCAAUUCAUACUAUUUUGGUGGUUUUGACCAUUACAACCCAGGAUCCACCAAAACUAGAAGUGUGUACCAUGUACAAACAGAUUGAAAAACAUUUCACAAGU